GCCGGGUUUGAAGGGUUGAUCUGUUCUGUUGUUGACGUUGUGCAGGGCAUUCCAGAGAUUGACUUCGUCUUCCGAUUUCGAAUACUUUUUAUUUCAAAGGCAGAGAGCUUGCUCCUGCGAUAUAACCAUCCAAGAUGAACAUCGACUUCAGUGAUCCCGAUUUCCAGUAUCUUGCGGUAGAUCGUAAGAAAUUGUUGAAAGAGCAGACGGCUCCAUUUGACGGCAAAAAGAACUGCUGGGUACCCGAUCCGAAGGAAGGAUUCGCAGCCGCAGAAAUCCAGUCCUCAAAGGGUGAAGAAAUCACAGUGAAGAUCACUGCCGACAAUUCUACCAGGACCGUGAAGAAGGAUGACAUUCAGCAAAUGAACCCACCUAAGUUCGAGAAACUCGAGGAUAUGGCCAACAUGACCUACCUCAACGAAGCCUCGGUAUUGCACAACUUGAGAGCCAGAUACACCUGUGGUAUGAUCUACACAUACUCUGGACUUUUCUGUAUCGCGGUCAACCCCUACAGACGUCUGCCCAUCUACACUGACAGCGUCAUCUCUAAGUACAGAGGAAAGAGGAAGACUGAGAUCCCUCCCCAUCUGUUCUCUGUUGCUGACAAUGCCUACCAGAACAUGGUAACAGAUCGUGAAAACCAGUCCUGUUUGAUCACCGGAGAAUCUGGUGCGGGUAAAACAGAAAGCACCAAGAAGGUGAUAAAGUACUUUGCAAUAGUAGCAGCCAAUCUUAAAAAACAGAAAGAGGAGCCUGUCGCGACCGCGACCACGAGAAGUAACCUCGAGGAUCAAAUCAUUGAAGCUAAUCCAGUACUGGAGGCUUUUGGUAAUGCCAAGACUGUAAGAAAUAACAACUCCUCUAGAUUCGGUAAAUUUAUCCGUAUUCACUUCGGCCCCACUGGCAAAAUCGCCGGAGCUGAUAUCGAGACAUACUUGCUUGAGAAGUCCAGAGUAACAUACCAGCAGUCUGCUGAGAGGAACUACCACAUUUUCUACCAAUUGUGCUCAAACGCCAUUCCCGAGAUCAAUGAAAUAAUGCUGCUCACCCCCGAUUCCGGUCUCUAUUCCUUCAUCAACCAGGGUUGUUUGACUGUUGAUAGUAUUGAUGACGUAGAGGAGCUCAAACUUUGUGAUGAAGCUUUCGACAUUCUCGGCUUCACAAAGGAAGAGAAGCAUUCUAUGUAUAAGUGCACAGCAUCCAUCUUGCACAUGGGUGAAAUGAAGUUUAAACAGAGGCCCCGUGAGGAACAGGCUGAAUCUGAUGGAACUGCUGAGGCCGAGAAAGUUGCCUUCCUUUGCGGUAUCAACGCCGGCGAUCUCUUGAAAGCUUUGUUGAAACCUAAAGUAAAGGUCGGCACAGAAAUGGUCACCAAGGGUCAGACUCUGAACCAGGUCCUCAACUCCGUUGGUGCUUUGGCCAAGUCCCUGUACGAUCGUAUGUUCAACUGGUUGGUAAAGAGAGUCAACAAAACUCUUGACACCAAGGCCAAGAGGAACUACUACAUCGGUGUACUUGAUAUCGCUGGUUUCGAAAUCUUCGACUUCAACAGCUUCGAGCAGUUGUGCAUCAACUACACCAACGAGAGACUGCAACAGUUCUUCAACCACCACAUGUUCAUCCUUGAACAGGAAGAGUACAAGAAGGAAGGAAUUGUCUGGGAGUUUAUUGAUUUUGGUAUGGAUCUGCAGGCGUGUAUCGACUUGAUCGAGAAGCCUAUGGGCAUCUUGUCCAUCCUUGAGGAAGAGUGCAUGUUCCCCAAAGCUGACGACAAAUCCCUCCAGGAUAAGUUGUACUCGAACCACAUGGGCAAGAACCGCAUGUUCACCAAGCCCGGCAAGCCUACUAGGCCAAACCAGGGCAUGGCUCACUUUGAGCUCCACCAUUAUGCCGGAAACGUGCCAUACAGCAUCACUGGAUGGUUGGACAAAAACAAGGAUCCCAUCAACGAGAACGUUGUCACCCUCUUGGGUGCAUCCAAGGAGCCUCUUGUGGCCGAGCUCUUUAAGGCUGCUGCUCCUGAAGAAGGUGCUGGCGGUGGUAAGAAGAAGAGGGGCAAGUCUGCUGCUUUCCAGACUAUCUCUGCUGUCCACAGGGAGUCUCUGAACAAGCUUAUGAAAAACUUGUACAGCACCCACCCUCACUUCGUGCGUUGCAUCAUUCCCAACGAAUUGAAACAGCCAGGUCUUAUUGAUGCUGAGCUCGUACUUCACCAGCUCCAAUGUAAUGGUGUACUUGAAGGAAUCCGUAUCUGUAGGAAGGGAUUCCCCAGCAGAUUGAUCUAUUCUGAGUUCAAACAGAGAUACAGUAUCCUGGCCCCCAAUGCUAUCCCUCAAGGAUUCGUUGAUGGCAAGACCGUGUCAGAAAAGAUCCUUACCGGUCUUCAGAUGGAUCCCGCCGAGUACCGUCUUGGUACCACCAAGGUGUUCUUCAAGGCCGGUGUCCUCGGUAACCUUGAGGAGAUGCGUGACGAACGUUUGUCAAAGAUCAUCUCCAUGUUCCAGGCCCACAUCCGUGGUUACCUCAUCCGUAAGGCUUACAAAAAGCUCCAGGACCAGAGAAUUGGUCUCUCCGUGAUCCAGCGUAACAUCAGGAAAUGGUUGGUUCUCCGUAACUGGCAAUGGUGGAAACUUUACGCCAAGGUCAAGCCUCUUCUCAGCAUCGCCCGUCAAGAGGACGAGAUGAAGGAACAAUUGAAACAGAUGGACAAAGUUAAGGAAGAUCUUGCCAAGAGCGAACGCAUCAAGAAGGAACUUGAGGAGCAAAAUGUUACCCUUUUGGAACAGAAGAACGACCUCUUCCUUCAGCUUCAGACCAUUGAGGACUCCAUGGGCGAUAAGGAGGACCAGGUUGAGAAACUUAUCAUGCAGAAAGCUGACUUCGAGGCUCAGCUCAAGGAACUCGAGGAACGUCUCUUGGACGAAGAAGAUGCCGCUGCUGAUCUUGAGGGCAUCAAGAAGAAAAUGGAACAAGACAACCAAAAUCUUAAAAAGGAUAUUGGAGAUCUUGAGAACACCCUCCAGAAGGCCGAGCAGGACAAAGCCCACAAGGACAAUCAAAUAUCCACCCUUCAGGGAGAGAUGGCCCAGCAAGAUGAACAGAUCGGCAAACUCAACAAGGAAAGGAAAGCUCUUGAAGAGGCCAACAAGAAGACGGGCGAUGCUCUCCAGGCUGAGGAGGACAAGUGCAAUCACCUAAACAAAUUGAAGGCCAAACUUGAACAGACCCUUGAUGAGCUCGAGGAUAACCUUGAGCGCGAGAAAAAGGUCCGUGGUGAUGUUGAGAAGGCCAAGCGUAAGGUUGAGCAGGACCUUAAGUCUACCCAGGAGACAGUUGAGGAUCUUGAACGUGUCAAGAGGGAGCUUGAGGAGAACGUAAGGAGGAAGGAAACUGAGAUCAGCACAUUGAGCUCCAAGCUCGAGGACGAACAGAACCUUGUCGCCCAACUCCAGAGAAAGAUCAAGGAACUCCAGGCCAGAAUCGAGGAGUUAGAGGAAGAACUUGAAGCCGAAAGGAACGCCAGGGCUAAGGUUGAGAAGCAGCGCGCUGAACUUAACCGUGAGUUGGAAGAGCUCGGCGAGCGUCUUGAUGAGGCUGGCGGUGCCACAUCUGCCCAGAUUGACCUCAACAAAAAGAGGGAGGCUGAACUUCUUAAGAUCCGUCGUGAUCUUGAGGAAGCUUCUCUCCAGCAUGAGGCUCAAAUCUCUGCCCUCCGCAAGAAGCACCAGGAUGCCGCCAACGAGAUGGCCGACCAGGUUGAUCAACUCCAGAAGGUCAAGUCCAAGCUCGAGAAGGACAAGAAAGAUAUUAAGCGCGAAAUGGAUGACCUCGAGACUCAGUUGAUUCACAACUCGAAAAACAAGGGAUGCUCCGAGAAGGUCAUGAAGCAGUUUGAAUCCCAGGUUGCCGAUUUCAACGCCAGACUCGAGGACAGCCAGAGGUCCAUCAACGAGCUCCAGAGCCAGAAGAGUCGUCUCCAGGCUGAGAACUCUGAUCUCAGCAGACAGCUCGAGGACGCCGAACACCGUGUCAGUGUACUUUCUAAGGAAAAGUCUCAGCUCGGCUCUCAGCUUGAGGACGCCCGUCGCAGUCUUGAGGACGAAACCAGGGCCCGAUCCAAGCUCCAGAACGAACUCCGCAACAUGCACGCCGAUAUGGAUGCUCUCCGUGAACAGCUUGAGGAAGAACAGGAAUCCAAAUCUGAUGUCCAGCGCCAGCUUUCAAAGGCCAACAACGAGAUCCAGCAAUGGAGGUCCAAAUUCGAGAGCGAGGGUGCUAACCGCACUGAGGAGCUCGAGGACCAGAAGCGCAAGCUUCUGUCUAAGCUCAAUGAGGCUGAACAGAAUAUGGAGGCUGCCAACGCCAAAUGCAGCGCCUUGGACAAGGCCAAGUCUCGUAUGCAACAGGAAUUGGAAGAUCUCUCCAUUGAAGUCGACAGGGCCAAUGCCAACGCCAACCAGAUGGAAAAGAAACAGCGUGCAUUCGAUAAGACCACCGCUGAAUGGCAGGCCAAGGUCAACAGCCUGCAGUCCGAGCUCGAGAACGCCCAGAAGGAAUCUCGCGGCUACUCAGCCGAGUUGUACAGGAUCAAGGCUAGCAUCGAGGAAUACCAGGACAGCAUUGGCGCACUCAGGAGGGAGAACAAGAACUUGGCUGAUGAAAUCCACGACCUUACCGAUCAGCUCUCCGAGGGAGGCCGAUCCACACACGAGCUUGACAAAGCCCGUAGGAGGCUCGAGAUGGAAAAAGAGGAACUCCAGGCCGCUCUUGAAGAGGCUGAGGGUGCUCUUGAACAGGAGGAAGCCAAGGUCAUGCGUGCACAGCUUGAAAUCGCCACCGUCCGUAAUGAGAUCGACAAACGUAUCCAGGAGAAGGAAGAGGAAUUCGACAACACCCGUCGCAACCACCAACGUGCCCUUGAAUCCAUGCAAGCCAGUUUGGAGGCUGAGGCCAAGGGUAAAUCUGAUGCCAUGAGGAUCAAGAAGAAGCUUGAACAGGACAUCAAUGAGCUCGAGGUUGCUCUCGAUGCUUCCAACAGGGGCAAGGCCGAGAUGGAGAAGACUGUCAAGAGAUACCAGCAACAGAUCAGGGAGAUGCAGACAUCCAUUGAGGAAGAACAGAGACAGCGUGAUGAGGCUCGUGAGUCAUACACCAUGGCUGAGAGAAGAUGCACUCUUAUGUCUGGUGAGGUCGAGGAGCUUAGAUCUGCCUUGGAACAGGCCGAGAGGGCCCGCAAGGGAUCUGACAAUGAGCUUGCUGAUGCCAACGACCGUGUCAAUGAACUCACAUCUCAAGUUUCAUCUGUCCAGGGCCAGAAGAGAAAACUUGAGGGUGAUAUCAAUGCCAUGCAGACCGACCUCGAUGAGAUGCACGGCGAGUUGAAGGGUGCUGAUGAGAGAUGCAAGAAGGCUAUGGCUGAUGCCGCUCGUCUUGCUGAUGAGCUUCGCGGCGAACAAGAUCACAGCAGCCAGGUGGAAAAAGGACGCAAGAACUUGGAGAGCCAGGUCAAAGAAUUCCAGAUUCGUUUGGAUGAAGCUGAGGCUUCCUCACUCAAGGGAGGUAAGAAGAUGAUCCAGAAACUGGAAUCCAGAGUACAUGAGCUUGAGGCUGAACUUGACAACGAACAACGCCGCCACGCUGAGACCCAGAAGAACAUGCGCAAGGCCGACCGCCGUCUCAAAGAAUUGGCCUUCCAGGCUGAUGAGGACAGGAAGAACCAGGAACGUCUCCAGGAGCUCAUUGACAAACUCAACGCUAAGAUCAAGACAUUCAAGCGCCAGGUCGAGGAAGCAGAAGAAAUCGCCGCCAUCAACUUGGCCAAAUACCGCAAAGCCCAGCAUGAGCUAGAGGAGGCUGAAGAACGCGCUGACACCGCCGACUCUACCCUCCAGAAGUUCCGCGCUAAGAGCCGUAGCUCCGUAUCUGUCCAGCGAUCCAGCGUAUCCGUUAGCGCUGCUAACCCGGGAUUACUGAGUCCAAAUGUUGGUCGAGGAAUUAGUACUCAGAGAGAAUCGUCAUCUGCAAAAUAGUUACAUUACCACAAUACAAAUAGGAGUCCCCUAGUUCGUACAGUUACCUUUCCCCUAGAACAAGAGGAUCUUCGGUGAUGAAUUCAUACCGUUCUGUAACACCGUCCAAUGAGGGGGAUGAUGACGGAUAUUGACCAAUCAAAUGACUCCAUGUGGAUUGUGUUCAGAAGAUGCCAGUUUUGCUUUGAAUCCACAUAGUAAAAGACAAUGUUAAAAUCACAAAACGUACAAACUGACCAAAGAUACGGAUGCUGCUGUUGUGUUUAUCCAGUGUGUAUUCAGCAAGCUAAGUGUGGAUGAGCAUAUCUUCAUUCUUCGACAUAAAAAACAUUUGUCAAGUAUAUUACAGGAAAAGGUCCCAAUCAGGUAAUCCGUCCACGACUAGAAAGAUGCCUUACACAGUCUUGCAGGUGAAAAAUUCCCUGGAUGAAUUUUUCGUUUGCUUGUGACUUGUGUCCCGAUGUGUUUAUAUUUAUUAUUUAUGAAAUAUUCAAUAAUAUUUCUUCUCAGAGAGAUUGAUUGUAGUGUUACUUGUUAAUAAUAUUAUUAUCAUAAAACGAUUUAUCAGCUUUAAAUUAUUUAUAUGAUAUUAUUAUAAAAUAAAAUCAUCUGGAGAUAACCCCUUGUAGAGGGAUGCUUAGAUACUUUACUCAGAUGAUCCCUCAUUGGACGAAAAAAUGCAUAGCGGAAACAACAAAUAUGUUUUAUGUGUUUCUGUGUUGCGGUUUAAUAUGAUGAUGAUGAUGAUGAUGAUGAUGAACCUUAAUAAAGCUCUUCUAUGAUGUAAA